GCCUCCGAGCCGGUCAAGUUCCUCGUCCCACCCACGUCUAACCUCAGCGACCUCGUGGACAGCUUCGUUGUCAAGGGCCUCGACGCGGAGGACCUGGUCAUCCUCUCUGGCGCACACACCAUCGGGCGCUCCCACUGCUCCGCCUUCGUCCCCGACCGCCUCAACGUCUCCUCCGACAUCGACAGUGGCCUCGCCGCAUUCCUGCGUGGCCAGUGCCCUGCUGACGCCACCCCGGGCGGCAACGACCCCACGGUGAUGCAGGACGUAGUGACCCCGAACUACCUGGACAGGCAGUACUACAACAACGUGCUGUCGCACACGGUGCUCUUCACCUCCGAUGCGGCGCUCCUGACGUCAGAGGGGACGGCGAGGAUGGUGGUGGACAAUGCCAACAUCCCCGGAUGGUGGGAGGACAGGUUCGAGAAGGCCAUGGUGAAGAUGGCCGGCAUCGAGGUGAAGACCGGCGACCAGGGACAGAUCAGGAAGAACUGCCGGGCCAUCAACUACUACUAAGUGCAUGAAUGUUUGUCUACGUUCAUGCAUGGCAAUUCUUUCAUUGCGCGUUAUGCAAACAU